AUGAGCGCUAAAGAGGAAUACGAUUUACUGCAGCAAACGCUACCAUUGCUGACAUCACAGCCCAACCAUUUGGCCAAACACGAGGUCGUCUCCAUCAUCAAGUGUCUCAACAGAUGUGAGAAGACAAUCCUUCAGUUCGCCGAAAGCGAGCGCACAUUCUUCGCCCCAUUUGUGGCACUCUCUGGUCAUUGCAUUGUCUCCAAUGCACAGCAAAUACCCAAAAGCCUGCUGUCAGUGGCCUCCACGGCCUGCACUGUCGUCUUGCAGCACAUCCUACACGAGAUCUCCGAGUUUGACGACAAGUCCAUACUAUCCAAACACCAACUGAUUGGCAUAAUUCAGGGCCUGUGCGAUGACAUCCCGCCGCUCCUCAAGUCGGAUAUACUGGCGCUGAGUUCGCUGCUGAAGACCACACCAAUGCCCGACUCAUUGACAUAUAGACCCACCGAUUCGAGUGGCGCCGAACUGAAGUCGUCGGCCGCCGCUCGCGAUGACACCACACCCAAAGAGCCCAAACGCAUACGUUUGGACCACUCGUGCGAAGCCAUCAUUGAACAACUCAUGACACCAAUCAUGGAGUCGUCGUCCAAACGGGACAGUCAUAUGGAAAACGAUAAGAACAUCAUAUCUCCCGUCGGCUUCUCUUCGCUUUCGAUGGACACGAAAGGUCUAUUGAUUGGCAAGAAUUUGUUUAAUUUGCAACAACUGUGCGGAACGAAUGUAUUGCUUGACUUUAUAAUGUCUUUGUCGACAAUCAAACCGUUCAUACAAUUAGUUCACGCGACAGAAGAAGGCGCGCCCCUAAAGCUGCCCACCUCUGGCCCGGAGACCCAUAUACUCCAUACAUGCAAACUAAUCAUCAAAGACUACGACAUCAUUUGGCGCAUACUUUCGCUGCCAAUACUGGAACCGUUGACCGAAGAGCGUCUCUCCAAAGUGAUUACAAUAAUACACGCGUGUCUUUACGUGUCGCUAACGCUGACCGCGUCCAACAUCUUGGCCUCCGGUGGCGGCGCCUCCUCUCCCGCCGUUAAGGGAGCGACCGCUGCGCCCCUCAAAGACGACGACAACGAGAAUGGAGCGACCGCUGCGCCCCUCAAAGACGACGACAACGAGAAUGUUAUCUCUGAGAUCGUAGACACGAGUCUUGAGAUUUAUAAACGCAUUAUGUUAGUCAUGAAGAGCUCCAUACGAGUGGGCGGACAGAUCUGUCAAAACGUACAUAUGUUCGCCUCGUGGCUACUGCUGUCGGGCCUCAAGUUUAUUAUGAAGACCUCUCCGGUCACAGCCAUUGCUCUCACAAUUCCCGGCCCUAAAGAUCACGCGACCAAAAAACAAGCCAUUGCUCUCACAAUUCCCGGCCCUAAAGAUCACGCGACCAAAAAACAAGGAUAUAACACGCUUUGCAUAUCAUUGGCCGCUCACGCCAUUCAACUGCUGAGUUCGCUGUUCGAUGACCUGAAGUCUGAGAUAAGUUUGGGCUCUUAUAACAGACUCUCGAACGCCGAAAAGCUGACGAGUCAUCACUCGUCGAGUUCUUUCAAAUACAACAAAUUCGGUUACUAUAGCGCGUGGCAGAGGAUCGAAAUGCUGAUGUCCAACAUCAACAUCACGAACCUUUUGUUCACACUGUCGUCGGCCAGCUAUCGAAAGGCCGGUCUUUUGAAAACAGUGUCCCGAACGGCGAGUCUCGAGCAGAACGACAAGACUAACAGCCCUUCGGUCUCCAAUUCGCACGAUUUGGACGACGAGUCGUGCUUUAGUUCAGACGACUCGAGUCGCGACGAGGACUCGGAACCCAUAUUAGGCCAUCUGUUCAGAGAGCACGACGAGAGUCAAGCCUCUGAUAAGUCGAUGAAAAGCCGACAAACUCUUGAUAUGAAUUACUGUAACGAUAAGCGCGAACCGCACCGACAUCUGACACUUUCGACAUCCAUAUUUGAAUUGCUGAACACAUACUUUGUCUGCUCGGAGAUCGAGUCUCUGCGGCAUUAUUUCAAGCAAACGAUCAAUGAUUCCCAGAUCUGUAUUUUGGCGCAUAUUAUCAAAGACUUGGACCGCGAAUGUGUCCACAACUAUAACUUCUAUUCGGAUUUUUCGCCCGCUUUGACUUCAUUUAUGCAUAAUUUGAUCGCCACUGAAGUGCUGAGCGAUGCGCUACAGAACUCGUUGCUGUCAUCGUUGGGCGUGAAUCCGGAUCCAGCGCCCGAAGGCGUUUGGCCACUAUAUGUCGCGCCCAAAACUCUGUCCGUUUUGUCGCAAAUAAUACUUUUGAAACAACAAAAAGAAAAGGAAGACCUGAGGUUUGACACAAACACGCCAUCGAUACAGAUAUGGCGCGGAUUACUGAAUCGAUUGAGACAAUUGAUACUCACCGAUGAGGUGAACGACUACGAGAUGGAAGACCUGAACGUAGAACACGCGCAGCUCCUGCUCUUCCUGUUCCACAAUCUGAAACUCCUUCAACGCAAACAAGUGUUGCUUCUCGUCUCGCAGACCAUUGUCGACGUGUCCGACACUGUCUUUCGCCAGAUGACCGACCAUCAGAUCCACUGUUUGGGUCGUUUGACUCACUUCUUCGAGUACAUGAUUAAGAACUUAUACGACGCGCCCUCUUCUCUGGUCGAACAGAUCGACACCAAUCUAUUCAAGUCGUCCGCUUCGGGUUUGAAACGCGACAAAGACAACAACGUUGACGACAAUAAACUGUAUUUCCAUUGCCGUGAAAUCGAUGAUAAUUACCAUAAGUUUACCGAAAACAAGAUAUUCGCCACUUCUAUGAGACCGAGAUUUUACAAUCUGUUGAACGUUGAGAUCUAUAAUAAUAAAGAUGUGCCAAAACUCGACGGAAUGGCACUGAAUUUCCUAUUGGUUGGUCUCCAGGAGACGCUUCCUUACGAUACACUCUACGACUCGUUGAUAACACUAUUGAAUAUCGGCUCUCAAUAUGACUUUAAUUACCGGCACUUAAAUCCGGAAACAAAACUCAGUAAUUUGGGUCUCUGUGCCGUUCAGUACGGCUUCAACUCUGUUUGGCGUAUUCUUCUACAACUGCCGCCGUCUGUCCAAAGCCUUCACCUCUUGUCCGUCGGCGACGUCCAGCUCUUUGAUAAUCCGAAAACACUUCACUAUUGCAUUUGGAUUUCACGGAUUGUCAACAAUAAAUGGUUUUACAUAUGGAUCAAAGAGUCGCUCACAAAACUGCUUCAAACGGAUCCCAAUGUCAAACCGGAAGCGCUGCUGAAAAGCGUUACAAAAUCAGCGAAUUCAAUGUCUUUCAAUGUGGAACUGUUGAAGAAACUAAUGUUAAAGCAAUUCCAGUGCCAAUACAACACCGAUUCCGGUGAGAUCGUGGCCAUGGAAGCGAUGCCACUGCUCUUAGAUAUGUUUACAUUAGACGUGUUGUGCGCCAAAACCAAUGUAUCGCUGGACGCGUGUAAUGCCAACGACACGUCGCCGUCCAUCAGUCCGACACAGAUUGUGUUCGGCACGAGUCUCGAGUCGAAACAGGCGUCCGUAGAGCUGCUGCCGUCGGUACUCAAUCUGAUCGGCGGUCACUUGUCGUGCGCCCGCUCUUCGCUCAUCCAUCAGAUGACACACGAGGACGCGCUGCAGGGCAUCAAAACUUUGCCCAAACUGUUGAGCGCCUAUAACUCCAUACUGAAGAUGACGUCCAGUAAAUGUAAUGCAAAACUAAACCAAUUGACUCUUCAAUUGGCCACUUAUUUGCCCCGAAAUUUGAUGAAAAUACUGGUCAAGUGGAACGUUAUUCCCGUCGAUGUCCAGCACUGGCGCACAGACCACAGCUCGUCGCCCAUACCGUCGGAAUCGUAUAUAAUGGCCAUUCAGUCGCAACACUUCAACUCGUUGUCGUCCUCAUUGGCCACGCCUUUCAAUGCAAACAGUAAUUUAAAACACUUUAUCAAUACUUUGCUUAAAUUCGCCGAAGACUUAUACCAAUGGAGCGAAAACAAGUACUCCGAGGACUUCAUACGAGUGAUGCUAUCGCUUCAGUUGGACAGCACUUGCGAGUCGUACUCGUCGUACGGUUUGAACCAAUUGGACACAGCGUUCGGAUCCAAAGAGAGCGACAAUUUUGUUUCCGCGCUAUACGUGGAAGCGUUGACCCAUUCGUACGAUUUGUUAAUUAAUUUCUCAAACAAAGAGUGUUGUGUUGAGGAGAAGAUUCUCAUCGAAUGCAUUAAAUUCAUGGAAUCACUACUGGAUUCCAGCGCCGGUCAAACGGCGCUCGAGAAGUUCUUCUGCGAAGACGACACCAAAGACAUUGUUCAGCUGCUGAUGUCGGCCUCCAAUGAAAGCCUCAGCUCUGCCUAUUCCACGCGUGUACUCAAGUUCUUCAGCAAACUGUUCCAGAAUACGGAGAAGAAUCCGGACACUAUUAGUUUGGUUCGGUUGUGCACAUCCCUAUCCAAACUCUCCCGUCUCAGUCAACCCGACAACACUAUACUCCAGACGUGGCUCUCGAAAGUGCUGUGCGAAAGACCCGAAGGCGACGCCACUGUUCUGGUGGCCAAUCAAGAGAAUCGUAUACUUUUGCAAAGUCUCACCUCAUAUAUAGUGAAGGACACGAGCGCUGUGGACGAAGAGGUGGCCUCAGCCUUCCUA